GGUGAGAACUGUGAAGCAUACACUGAUUUGCAUGGCAAUGCAUAUCCUGCACAAUCCUGUCCCUACUUCUGCUGUGGAUCUUGCACACUUCGAUAUUGUUGCUCUAAUCCUGCCUUAAGACAGAACACCCGGAAAUCUUCUUGUGAUCUGCUGAAGUCAAGGGCUCUUGGCUCAAGCAGUGUCAGUGACAUGCAGUUGUUCUCAGACCCUGAUGAUUACAUUUCUUCUGACCCCAGUUUUGGAACUCUGAUUGCAAUUGGAGUGACUGUUUGUGCCGUGAUUGUCAUCACUAUUAUCCUGUGCCUCACCUGCUCCUGCUGCUGCUUGUAUAAAGCAUGUCGAAGACCACGGCCUGUUGUGACUGCCACAACUGCCACUACAGUGGUUCAUGCUCCCUAUCCCCAACAGCAGGGGGUGGCACCCACCUACCCAGUAGCUCCAUAUCAAGGUUAUCAGCCUGUGGCUAUCCAGCCACAACCUGGGAUGCCAGUAGCACCGUACCCUACGCAUUACCCUCCCCCUUACCCCAUGCAGCCAGCGGGGCCUCCAGCUUAUCAUGAAACCAUGGCAGCUGGUGCUGGAGCACCUUACCCAGUCAGCCAGCCCCCUUACAACCCUGCUUACAUGGAUCCUCAGAAGCCCACCUAUUGAAAAGAUCCACUGUGCUUCUCCAUAUUUUAAGUAUAAUUUGUGCUGUUUACACAAUGCAACUCUAGUAGACUUCUCUGGAAGACAGCAAUCUUUUGUCUAAGCUGAAGUUAAUCCACUAUCUUUUCUUCUGUAAUGUUCUGAGUAUGAGGAAGGAGUCUUUUUUUUUUCCUUGCAGAAGUUGUUAAAUUUAUACCUCAAGCAAAUACAAAGAGAGAUUUUUGCUCUGUAUACAAUGAGAAAAGCAUGCAGAAAGAGUACUCCAGGGGAAA